AUGCUGAGAUUUUCGGCAAUUUUUGUGAUUUUACGUAAGAUUUCGCGCUGAAAAUGGGAAAUAUUUGGAUUUUUGAGCAAAAUUUUGAGGCGGAAUGGAAAAAUUAGAGUUCUAUAGGCUCGACUGCUCGAGAUCCAGGUUCUCUAGGCUCGGCUGCUUGAAAAUAGAGUUCUCUAGGCUCGACUACUUGUGAACUAUGAUCUCUAGGCUCGGCUGCUUGAGAAAUAUGAUCUCAAGGCGAUGCUGCUUGAGAUCUAGGUUCUCUAGGCUCGGCUGCUUGAGAAAUAUGAUCUCAAGGCGAUGCUGCUUGAGAUCUAGGUUCUCUAGGCUCGGCUCCUUGACAAUAUGGUUCUCUAGGCUAGGCUGCUUGAAAAUGAAGUUCUAUAGGCGUGGCUGCUUGAGAACUAUGAUCUCUAGGCUCGGCGGCUUGAGAUAUAUGAUCUCUAGGCUCGGCUGCUUGAGAUCUAGGUUCUCUAGGCGCGGCUCCUUGACAAUUCGGUUCUCUAGGCUCGGCGGCUUGAGAUAUAUGAUCUCUAGGCUCGGCUGCUUGAAAAUGAAGUUCUAUAGGCGUGGCUGCUUGAGAACUAUGAUCUCUAGGCUCGGCGGCUUGAGAUAUAUGAUCUCUAGGCUCGGCUGCUUGAGAUCUAGGUUCUCUAGGCGCGGCUCCUUGACAAUUCGGUUCUCUAGGCGCGACUACUUGACAAUUCGGUUCUCUAGGCGCGGCUGCUUGAGAUCUAGGUUCUCUAGGCUCGGCUCCUUUACAAUAUGGUUCUCUAGGCUCGGCUGCUUGAGAACUAUGAGCUCUAGGCUCGGCUGCUUGAAAAUAGAGUUCUCUAGGCUCGGCUGCUUGUGAACUAUGAGCUAUAGACACUGCUGCUUGAAAAUAGAGAUCUCUAGGCUCGGCUGCUUGAAAAUGUAGUUCUCUAGGCUCGGCUGCUUGACAAUAUGGUUCUCUAGGCGCGGCUCCUUGACAAUUCGGUUCUCUAGGCUCGGCUGCUUGAGAUCAAAAAACAUUUUUUUUUUCCAGUCAUCCAAAAUCAUGUGGUGUCUAGCGCCCCAAUGUGCCCAAUUGGUGAUAUCAAUCCUGCAUCAUGUACUGAAAACGAAUUGAUGUACCUUAGUGAAGGACAAGACAUAUGUUGUCGUAAGUUAAGCCCCGCCCCUUUUUGUGACGCCAAAAAAUCACCUAUUUUGUUUCCAGCAAAUCACACACCGUGCACUGAUACCGGUAUGAUUGCCACGUUUUUUUCGCAAAUGAAAAAUGAGGAAAUUUUGUAUGCCACCAAAAUCAAAGACGUCAAAUUGGCCCUUCCAAAUCACGAUUUUAAAGGAUAUGUGGAGCAGAAGACUGGAGAUGAUGGACGCAUUUUUAUUUGUCGUGAGUUGACACAACGAUGCUACGCGUUUACGCCGGGGACUAGAAAACCAACUAGUCCCCGACUUCAAAAUUUUCAAUUUUUUUGAAGCUGGUAGACUAGAAACAUCACAUGGAGAACUGGCUUGAAUUUUCCUUAAAAAAUUUUUUUGAAAAUCUUGAGAGGGACUAGAAAACCAACUAGUCCCCUACAUCAACAUUCAUGAAAAUUGCAUCAUUUCAACCAGAAAAUCAUCAUUUUCGGUUUUUCAGGCGCGUCGCGGUCAUGCGCUGCGUGUUUGACAUUUGAAAAUAUAGCAUGCAUCGCAUGACCGCUUGCCACGUGGAAUUUUGAGCUGAAAUUGAUGUUUUGCUGAAAAUUAGUCAAAAAUUAUGUAUUUGGAGCUGAAAAUCGUGAAAUUUGGAGGAUUUUGAGCCAAAAAUCAUUAAAAUUGCAUCAUUUCAACUUGAAAAUCAGUAUUUUCAUGUUUUCAGACGCGUCGCGGUCAUGCGAUGCGUGUUUGACAUUUAAAAAUAUAGCACGCAUCGCAUGACCGCUUGCCACGUGGAAUUUUGAGCUGAAAUUGAUGUUUUGCUGAAAAUUAGUCAAAAAUUUCAUCAUUUCAACCAGACAUUCAAUAUUUCCGGUUUUUCAGGCGCGUCGCGGUCAUGCGCUGCGUGUGUGACAUUUGAAAAUAUAGCACGCAUCGCAUGACCGCGACGCGUCUUUGCAAAGACUUGCCACGUGGAAUUUUGAGCGUAAAUUAGAGUUUUGACCAAAAUUAGUCGAAAACUAUGCAUUUUGAGCUGAAAAUCGUGAAAUUUAGAGCAUUUUGAGCCGAAAUUCAUGAAAUUUGCAUCAUUUCAACCAGAAAAUCAACAUUUUCAGUUUUUCAGGCGCGUCACGGUCAUGCGCUGCGUGCCCCUGAAAAAUUGUGAUUUUUUAGCCCUUGAACACCUCGAUUUGGUAUUUUUAGCUCGCGGACUAGAAAUCCAAAUUUGUAGCAUUUGGAGAACUAGUCCCUGACUUCAAAUUUUCCAGCCAAACCCGUCAACUAUCUCCACUACGAAAUCAAACAUUUCAAACCUGCCGAUUCAAUUCACGCCACUUAUUUGCCCACCAAAAACAGCGAUGGAAAAUACAAGACGUGUGUGAUCAAUGGGGAUUGCGAAAAAGGACAAUAUUGCGGACACGCCACAAAUUUCGCCACAAAUCACAAUUUUGCCGGAAAAUGUCAAACAGACAACAAAUAUUGUCACGGUGUUCGCUCGUGCACCGCAAGUAAUCCGUGUGUAAUUGAUGAGCAGAAGUGGCUCCAUGUGGAGCCCACUGUCAAAUUUUGCUACUAUAAACCGGUGCCCGGACCGCAGAGCAAUGAGAAAAUGACGAAUAUUCAAUUGCAAAUUCGUGCACACGGAAGUGGUUUCAAUAUUUGUGACGCGGACGCGGAUUGUAAAUUGGGAGAUGAGAUUGGAUAUUGUUUUAAAGGGGAUUUGGAUCAGAAUGGACAAAAAUGGACGCAAUAUCAGGAGGAUGGGGAUAAGAAUGAGAAGAAGCCUGGAUUUCGUGUGCAUAAAUCGGGAGUUUGUGCGGAAGGUGAGCUGAAAUUUGAGUUUUUGAUAAAAAUUAGUCAAAAAUUGAGCAAAAACUAAGCAUUUGUGAGCCGAAAAUCAUUAAAUUUGGAGCAUUUUGAGCCUGAAAAUCAGAAUUUUCUGUUUUUCAGGCGCGUCGCGGUCUGCGCUGCGUGUUUGACAUUUAUAAAUAUAGCACGCAACGUAUGACCGCGACGCGUCUUUACAAAUACUUGCCACGUGGAAUUUUGAGCUGAAAUUUGAGUUUUUGCUGAAAAUUAGUCAAAAAUUGAGAAAAAAUCAAUAAUUUUCCUCUGAAAUUCAUGAAAAUUGCAUCAUUUCAACCUGAAAAUCAGUAUUUUCAAGUUUUCAGGCGCGUCGCGGUCAUGCGCUGCGUGUUUGACAUUUGAAAAUAUAGCACGCAUCGCGUGACCGCUUGCCACGUGGAAUUUUGAGCUGAAAUUAGGAGUUUUGAUUGAAAUUAGUAAAAAACUAUGCAUUUUGAGCUGAAAAUCGUGAAAAUUUUAAGCAUUUUGAGCCUUGAAAUUCAUGAAACUUGCAUCAUUUCAACCAGAAAAUUAGUAUUUUCAAGUUUUCAGACGCGUCGCGGUCAUGCGUUGCGUGUUUCAGUGUUUUUCGUGAUUUUUAGCCCUUGAACUCCUUGAUUUGCUGGUUUUUUUAGCUCGCGGACUAGAAAUCCAAAUUUGGAACAUUUGGAAAACUAGUCCCUGAGUUUGAAUUUUCAGGUUCAAAGCUUGGGGACUAGAAAAUUCACUUGGAAAACAAGUUGAAAUCUUGAAAAAUAACACAAUUCUUUAGGGGACUAGAAAACCAACGGAAAAACUAGUCCUCGACUUUAAAUUUUGCUCUAAAACUUGGAAUUCUGAAAUGAAACAUGCAGCGCGUGACCGCGACGCGUCUAAUUUUUGUGUGAUAUAAAAAAGGCUUCAUGGUUUUAGCGCCAAUUUUUAAGAUUUAAAAUUUUGCCACGUGGAUUUUUGAAUUGAAAAUUUAUGAAAUUCAAAAAUUCUCUAGAAUUUUUUGAAAAUCCCAAAAUUUUUUGCAGCCAAGCCAAUCUCAUUCACACUCUAUCAACGAUUCCAAAAACUAUCAAACACCGAAAAAUUGGGCGAUGCAGGCCUCAAAUUUAUGGCCGUCGAUUGGGCCGCCAAAAAUUAUCUGUAUCGAGAUGAGAUGAAGAAAUGCGCCGCGAAUUCGGAAUGCGGUGGCGACGAAUUUUGUGACCAUAUUUUCCAUCCAAACGAGCAGCCACCUCAAUCCGGAUUCGAUAAACACAACAAGUUUUGUUUCAAAAAACCCGGCCAGCCGACGGCGGCGACGAGCCCGAUUAAUUUCACAGCUCCCGCGAAUUUGGUUGGACUUGUGCCGUGUGAUACGACUGCUGAUUGUCGACAACAUGGAACUGAUGGAUUGUCCUUUUGUCAGGAUUUGGGAGAAAAGAAGUGGAGAUUUCCGAGAUUUGCCGAUGGAAAAGUGACGCAAUAUCAAGGACUUUGUUUGGAGGGUGAGUUGGGAUAACUUGAAGAAAAAAACAACGACACUCCGCUUACAUGUGACGUCAUUCGGAGUAUCGUUGUUUUUCUGGCAAAUUUAAAUUUUCAAAAAAAAUUUGAAUUUAAUGUUUUUGACACCGGAAAUGAGCGGGUUUAAGUUGGAAAUUUGAAUUUUAAUUUGAAUUCACCCAAAAAUAAUUCAAAAUUCAAUUUUGCAGGUGAAAUCUGCGCCCAACCGAAUCGUUUUGGUGAAACAUUCAAAUGGAAAUCGGGUGGAGUUCCGCCAACUUAUAGUUGCACCAAAAAUUCGGAAUGUAAAGAUGGUGGAAACACGAAAGAUACUGAAAAUGAGAAGGAGGUUUUUGAGUGAGUUUAGCGGAAUGCUGGAGUGUCGUAGGGGCGAAAUUUGAAUAUUCUAAUUUCCCGCGUGAACUAAUCAGUGUAAUUAUGGAGUGUCGUAGGGGGUUUUUUUUGAAAAAAAUCAAUAAUUUUUUGCAGAGAUGUUUGCAUGGUCAGCAAACCCUUCAAUUCCCUAUCCGCUUGCUGUUAUCGUCAAACAAUGCGAUGUCCCGGACAAAACUCAAAAGUCAUUUUCCCCGACAAACGUUGCGGAAAAACCCCAUCGACCGCCGCCAAAAUUGACGCGUUUAUCGAAUGUUAUGGAGACCGCGACGCGUUGCUUUCCGCAUCUUCCGCAACACGCGACAAAUGGUGUGAUUUGCGCAGUAAUCAAUGUUGUCAAGAUUCAUCGCCCGACGCGUUUUGUCCAGAUGCACAAGUUCCAUUGUAUGCGGAACCGGAAUGUAAGGGUUAUGACGUGGCAAAAGUUGGAAGUGGAAUUUGUGAACAACAGAAUGCCGUGUGUAAAUUGGGACAUUGUUGUGCAAAUGGUUGGAUUUUUGGAGGGAAAAUUUGAAUUUUCUAAUUUCGCGCGCACAUGAAUUAAUGUAAUUACGGAGUAUCGUAGAAUUUUUUGCAAAAGCCUAUAAAACCUUCAAGCUUUGUGAUUUCCCGCCCGCGCAGAAGUUGACGUAAUUCAGGAGUAUCGUAGUUUUGCAAAAUCCGAAAACAUUCAAAAUUUUCAAUUUCGCGCGUAAAAGGAUUAGCGUAAUUCUGGAGUAUCGUAGUGCUCUCUCAGAGUCUACAAUAAAAUUUAAAUUUCGUAAUUUACCGCUCAGGAAGACCAACGUAAUAGUGGAGUAUCGUAGAAUUUUUUGCAAAGCCUAUAAAAUUCAAGCUUUGUGAUUUCCCGCCCGCGCAGAAGUUGACGUAAUUCAGGAGUAUCAUAGUUUUGCAAAAUCCGAAAAUAUUCAAAAGUUUCAAUUUCGCGCGUAAAAGGAUUAGCGUAAUUCAGGAGUAUCGUAGUGCUCUCUCAGAGUCUACGAUAAAAUUUAAAUUUUGUAAUUUACCGCUCAGAAAGAUCAACGUAAUCCUGGAGUAUCGUAGAAUUUUUCAGCCAUCGAUUGCAAAUGGAAAAGUGGUCAAACCAGAGUUCAGUUAUAUCACAUCUCAACCUUGUACUCCAGGAUCUCUACCUUCUCAAUUUUCAGCCGGAUAUUGUGAUCCAAAAUCCAAGAAAAUUGUGAUAAUUGGCCUGAAAUCACCGAAAGGAAUUCCCCUUAAAAAAUCACCGGAAACUCCGAAAUUAUGCCAAAAAGAUACAGAUUGCUCAUCGGAUAAUUCGAUUUUGUGUUUGAGAGAAAAUUCGAAGGAUCCUGAAGCCUAUUGUUAUUUGGAUCCGUUGGUGAGUGGCUUCAAAAUGACACCAAACACACCCUAUUUUGGCGCCAAAAACUACAGUAACCUGAUGCCUCGUAAAAAUACGUUUCACAAAUUUGAUAUGAAUUUUUUCUUGAAAUUUAUUUCUGGUUUCAAUUUGCGGGAAAUUUCAAAUAAAAGAACAGGUUUUAGACUAGAUACUGUGGUUUUUGGCGCCAAAAAUAGCUACAGUAGCUCAAACUUUUGCGCGCCAAAAAAUUCUUAAAAUUCAAUUUUCAGAAUGAACCAGCUAAAAAAGAGGAGGAAUCAAUGACAACUACAAUUAUCAUAAUUGUGGUAAUUGUGAUUUUGAUAAUUGCACUCGCCGGAAUUGGCGGAGUAUUGUUGUAUUUGAAAAAGAAGAAUAAAAAGAAGGAUGGAAAAAAAGGAAAAGGAAAAGAUAAAAAAGGAAAUGAGAAAGAUAAGAAGAAAGAAGGAAAGAAUGACAAAAAGGGAGGAAAAAAGGGAAAAAAAGGAGGAGGAAAAGGAUCGAAGAGCAAAACUAAGAGCAAGACACCGGAAACUGGAAGCAAAGAGACUGGAACUGUGACUGAUGAGACUGGAGGAGCUGGAGUUUGA